GCGCUGUCGCCAUGACAGAGUUGGUCUGUUUUUUUCUCCGCGAGGUUGGCCGGGCGCGCAGUCGGCGGUGAUCUUAUUUUUCCUCGUUCUCACCUAGGAUGUGGUUGGGCCGGUGAGAGAGGAGCCCGUUGUAGUAGCGAGCGAAACAUCAGCCGCGGAGCGCUGUGCGGCAGAGCCUGCUCUGUUUUUAAGUAUAUACUAUUCCGAUCGGCGCGAUGAGUGCGGUGAAGAAUUCGAACGUACCCAAUCCUCCGAGCUCCAAGAAGCGCAGCGGAGGCUUUCUCCGCCAGGCCAAGUCUCGAAAGGACCACCCGGCCGACUUGGAGCCCAUCACCGAGGAGGAACUCGCCAAAAAGGAUUCCAUCUCUCCGGAGGACGUUCUCAGACUACAGAAGAUCACCGAAGGAUACCUCUGCUCCCCCGACGCCAAUGUCUACGACAUUGACUUCACACGCUUCAAGAUCCGAGACAUGGAGAGCGGCAUGGUGCUGUUUGAAAUCGCCAAGCCACCGCCCCCGUCUACACCUGAUGGGGACGACGCGGGCGAAGAGCAGCCACUCGAAGGAGAGUGCCAGGACCCCAAUGCAGGGCGCUUUGUCCGGUACCAGUUCACUCCACAGUUCCUCAAGCUCAAGACAGUGGGGGCCACAGUGGAGUUCACAGUGGGGAGCAAGCCCGUGAGCAAGUUCCGUAUGAUUGAGCGGCACUUCUUCCGCGACAAGCUGCUCAAGACGUUCGACUUUGAGUUUGGCUUCUGCAUCCCCAACAGCAAGAACACGUGCGAGCACAUCUACGAGUUCCCCUCCCUGUCUCAGGAGCUGUGUGACGAGAUGAUCGCCAAUCCGUUCGAGACCCGGUCGGACAGCUUCUACUUCGUAGAUGACAAGCUGAUCAUGCACAACAAGGCAGACUACGCCUACAACGGGGGUCUCCAGCACCAGUAGAAAGCCUGUCAGCGGCCCUUCUUUCCCCAUUUUCUCCGCUCUGCUGCAAGGUUCGCACACUACUUGGCUGGGAUCAUUGGGGGCCACACGGUGACGCCUGCACCUCGCCUGCAGACUCUCUCCGCGCCCCAUCUAGGACACAGCGCACACACACACGCACACACUCCUCCGCGCCUGCCAUUAGAUCAUCGCCAUCCGCCACACGCACACAGCCUGUUACCGCAUGGGAGGACGAGCUUUCCUCCUGUCUUCUCCAUUUCGUGCGGGUAGUGGCAGCGUGGUUAUAGAGCUGUCGACCAUGAAGAGAUGUGUACAGUCCUCGCACGAGAGCACCUUGGCAUGCCUCAGCUGAGUAGGAUUUUCUAAAAGCGAGCACGGCUCCUUUCUCGUGUUAGCCUGCUGGUAUGCUUUGAAAAAACAGGCUUGCGACGGGUGGCUGCGGUUGUUGCAAAAAGCGACAGUUGAUCGAGAGUUUAGUCAUUGCCUCACUUUUCUUUUUCUGGGUCCGUUUUUGGUUUGCUUGUCAAUAUGUUUCACAACAGUAUUUUGGGGGGAGCUUGGAAAGAAAAAAAGUUGCAUGAAAAAACUGUUGUUGAGGGGGGGAGACAAAUGGUGGAGAAUAGGUAUGAGGAGGAGUAAAAGCUUCUCACAGGGUCACCAAUCAUUUCCUCCGUUUCAAUUAUUGGGCAGUAUUGACAUCAUAAACAUAACGUCACAUGCAAGUGUAACAUGUUAAAUAUACCACAAUAAGCUGUAUCCUUUCUCGGUAAGUUUACAGCAAUGUAGGCAACUUUCUGAGCGCUUCUCUGGGGUGCUAAGCUUUACAUGGUUAGGGUAGGUUUGAGGGGAAGGAGGGUGGUCUUUUUUUUCUCUGUAUGAGUGGCCUUGUUCAACGCCUGCUGUGUUGAGCUAUGCAUGGCCACGUUCACUAGUCUGGUGCUUGCUAGCAGGAGCACUUGUCCAAAAGUGGCUACCAGCUCAAGAUUUAUUUAAGGAGCAUUUGGGGGUUCUCAAUGUUUCUUGAUAGGCAAAGGGCUUAGAACUUGAGCUCUGCAAGUAUCGAGAGCUAUAUUGCACAUAGUGUUUUUUGACAAGGGAAUAUUUGUUUCCUUGCAUUUUUUUUUUUUGCUGUUUUCACAGUUUGCAAAAUGAUUAUAGUGUUGGCAAAUUUAAGUGCUAUAUAGCUUUAACCUUUGGGUAUGUUUUCUGCAUCAUUUCAGUUUGGUAUAUUAGGGGUUUUGAAACUUUAUAGCAUUGCUACGCACACUUUUGCUUUGUGUUCAGUACCUGGUUUUCAUGAUGACCUCUUUGAGGUAACAGUGGAGAUGAGACCUUCGAUGUUCUUUUGCUGUACAGCUUCAUUCAGUGGCUGUGGUCUGCUUCGGCACCAAACUCAUAGUGUCACAGAUGCUGCUGUAAUAAUGCAAGCAUUAAAACGUCCGAGCCUUCACAUGACCUAGUACACCUUUGGAGCGGUCUUGUGUUCACACGUAAUGGCUGUGCAACAGGGCACAGCACAGCACCUCCUAGUUGGUACUUGGUUCUGAGCAUGACCAGUUUAAGCCACAUCAAUAUACUCUUUGUUUCUGUUUUGUUUCUGCUAUGCUGCUUUCUUCUUAAACUGUUCUCAGUUCAGGUAUCAUCAUUAAUGAAGAAAGAAUAACUAUAACUUUAAAUAGGCUUCUGAUGGGUCACAGAGAUUGCUUUUCACUUUCAGCUCACAUCAGGUGAAAAAAGAAAUUGUUCGAGUGCAGUGGACAAGCAUCACUACAACAAAUGCUGAUGUAUUGAAAAAUCUUGUUUGUCUUAACUGUCAGUUCUUGUUAACAAAAUUGUUUAUUUGAAUCUUGGACCCAGCGUGCUCGAGUAGCUGUUAGCACAAAAUAACCCAUAUUUUUCAAUAAGAUGAUGAACCUUCACUAUCAAGCGUACAUUUUGGUUUAAUACGACUUGUCUUGUAUCCCUGCUGCAAAACUGCUUGUGCUAAUGUCGAAACAUGCUUUCUGCCUCAGUUUUACUUAUAAAUUUGGAGCAUAAUCGGUGUCGUCACGUCAGCAGAAACACAGGUCACUGAAAAAGCAUAAGUAGGGUGAUUUGUGUCAGAGAAACUAUUUUUUGUAAUUUUUCUGAAAGAAACUUGCAGUGUAGCAAUAAAAGACACUUAUGGCAUAAGAAGCAAGCAGCAUAACCAUUCAGUAGUUAUUAUCUUGCUAACACAGAGUGUAAGCAUGGUGUUAAAAGUCUCGCAGGGAUGGAAGGAUUACAAUGUCUACAAACCAGAAGAGUCAUUACUAUGGCUGCCAAUAGAGAAUGGUUGUGAAGAUACUCUCAGUGGUUAAAGCUACCAUUCAGUCACACAAAACUGGUGGUUGAAUUGACGAAGCGUGCGUUUGAAAAAAUUUAACACAUGAGCACGACAUUAACCAAAUUGUACAAAUAGCUUUUUUAUUUUAUUUUUUCUCGCCUGUAUUUUGUGUGUGGGCCUCAUUUUGCUUUGUCUUAAAAAAAAAAAAGAUCAGCAGCUGGGACACUUGUUUUUCAGAUUUUUGUCAGUGUUUAUUUAAUUGUCUCAAGUUGUGCUUUUGCUUUCCAUGCAAUAAAGCUUUAAGUUGCCAUAAACUUGGCGCUAUUUUAUUGCUUGAAAAGAAGGGCAGGCUUUUCGCGUGCUUUCAGCUUCCGCAGUGCUUCAAUUCCGUCAAGUGAAAGGUCUGCUCUGGCUUGCCGAGUCAUGCUUGCCACAGUGGUGCAUGACUCGCAAUAUUGUAGGGAAAUACACUUGCAGCACAAACAACCAGCUGUUCUAUGUACAUGCGCUCAAGGUGGUAGCCGCCAACAUGACACAGUAUAUGUCAGUAUGCAAUCUCAAGGAAAAAACAGAUCUCGUAAAGUAAUAAUAUAUGCAGUCAUUUUCAUGACUCGGGAGAGCUGUGUUUGGCCUAGCUUAAUAGUCUUAAAUGAAAGCACUUGAAAUGAAGGCAAAUAAUACCUUUUGAAAUGUGAUGUGCGUGCAAAUGAAGCUUUCACUGUCGACUGCUUUCAUGAACUGCUUUCGAACAAUAUAUCUUUUUAUUGGUUCGAUGUAGAAGAAAAAAGCGAGUUAGUUGCUGGGAACCGAUUGUUUAAUAACAGGCGAAGCACUUGCACUCUGCAUUAAUACGUCUGUUGCCACGCAGGGUUGCCAGGUUCCAAACAUGAAAAGUAGCUAUGAAGUGUCUGAAAGUAGCACGUAGCCAGCUUAGUCGUAAGUGACAAAAGUAGCAAGAAAAGUAGCCAAGCUGCAACAAAAUAAUCAUUGCUAGACAUCACGGAUGUUAGGUGUACUCAGAAACAUUGGUAUUGCAUUUUAAAAUAUAGCAGUGCAGGCAGAUACACAUUGUCUAGCUGAUUGUAUACUACUGCUACAAUACAAAAGUGUGCAUUACUUUUGCAAAAUUUAAUAUUGCUGGUAUUCUCGAGGUACCUUUGCGAUACCCUGAUGUUUAUAGUUGGUGGUGGUAGCUACGGUUGUGCCCAGUAGCCAAGCCUGGCAACCCUGAUCUAAUAUGUGCUGUUUUGCAAGGGAACAUGCUGGAGGAGACGAUGUUCCUCAUCAUUUAAUUUGUUUUCUCGUGCUGCUGAUAUUUCCUUCGUAGCGUCUGGGUCAGGGAGUUGCACUGACCUUGACACUUGGAUGUAAGCUAGACUAUUGUCUUAAAUGGCAUUGCAGAGGCACGGACAGGAUCAGUUUUAAUAUUGUGGCAUGGUUGUGCUUCGCUCACUUCAACCCAACUUUCUGCUUUCUUGCACAUAGCAAGUACAACGGUUGAAUUUGAACGUCGUCAGGCAUGCUAAAUGUGCAGUUCAUGCCGAGACAACUGCAUUAUCCGUUGCACAGAAGGUCAGAGAAUGUGUUGUGAGGUGAAUGAAAGAAACUGUGUACAUCAUACCAAAUCUGUGUGCAAGUGAGCUGCGCCUGUUUAUUUGUAGCAAAGGCACUGCGUAGAUAAUUUCAGCAGUUGCAAUAGGAGCAACGAUAGGAAGCUACUAAUGCCUCAUAAUUUACUACAAAACUUGGCACUGGGCAACUGCCCUGCUUUUGUUGCAGCUUUCUCACUUCCUUCAUGCCCUGUGGUGUUUGAAGGGAUGCAAAGGUACUUUUGUAGUUGCAGCAUUAGUUUAUGGCAGUUUCAAGUGUGAUUGGCCUGGUCAUCAAUGGCUCCUGGAUUGCCCUUGUACAAUGGUGUUGAGGUGCACUGCGAACUUGGGUGGUUAGGCGCAAGUUUGCGUGCUUGGGUCGUGUGUGAUCUGCGUAUGACUUUCAGAGAUGCUCCUUCUCGCACAGCAUUUUGGUGGCUGUGCUUCAUUGCUCACACUUAAGUAGUUUCACACUGCCUCUUGUGGUUUUGUUUGCAGCAGUACACGCUGUGUGAUACUUAACAGAGAGAGAGGAGAGUGCAAACAAAAUAGGCUUAACAGUUUCCAUGGCGCAGGACUGAUGCAAGUGGCAGGGUUACCAGAUAUCAAACGCAAGAAGCAGCCAGACAAGGUUGAUGAGAAUAGUAGCCAAGGAAGUAGCCAAGCUAGGACUGAAUGGUCACCUCUGACAUUCAUUCAUGAUCUGCACCAGUGAUUGAGGAUGCCUUACACAAACAGCAAAGGAAUGCCGGUGAUACGCUAACAUUAGCUCUGGAAAGAGAAAUUACAAUUGUAGAGUAGCGUUGGGCAUCCCUGUUGGUGCAGUGCAACACAGAAGCUGUUAUAUUGCUUGCAAACUAAUUUUUCUGCUGAAGUACUUGAUUGAUUUUAAGUGAGUUGAUUGAGUGAUUGGUUUUGAGAAAACUAACCCGGCUAGGUAAGUAGCCAAGCCAGUUUGGUGCAAUGUAGCCGAAGCUGGCAACCCUGCCUGUUGUUGCGUGCAGUGCGUAAAAGUUCAGUGGCAUGCGUUGUCAGUUCAGUUUGCAUCUCCACAGGAUCUUGUCUGUAUUGAUGCACUCCCUUUCAAGAGCUUGAUGAUGAAAUUGCUCUUCCGUGUUUUGUCUCUUCUUAAUGCUUUACAAGCCUGAGAUGUGACCAGGAUGCUUGUUUAUUUGCCUCGCGUUGUACACUUUCCAAGCUGUGCCUUUUCUUGAGGCUGCUUCGGUACACUAGCUGUCUAUGUUUUAGAACAUUGUCUUCAAAUGGUACUUGUAUCGACACUAUAUAUUUUGCUUUAGUCAUGUUUGAGACAUAAUGCUGCUAAUUUUGCCACACAUUGUUGUGUGAUGCACAUUUUGCUGUGGUUUUAUUGAGCCAUUUAGCCUGUAACAUAACCAACAUUGAGUUAUAGUUUGUCUGAAAGUGUACAUUUUUUAAAAUAGAUUGUUUAUUUACUUAUUGUAAGUGAUGACAAGUCAUUGCACCUACAGUAUCUUGGAUCUAUAUUGUUGCCUUGCCAUUUUCCUAUUCUACGGUCUGCUGGAAUCGUGUGGUAAAAAGGGAAACACUGCAGUAUGACGGUGAAGCGAGGGGUAAUGCAUUCUCAAUAUUGUGGUUUUGGGAUCCAGGGACAAAUUGAUAUGUGAACAGCCGCAGUUUAUGUUACAGAAUGUCAGACAUGAACAACAAGACUCGUUGGCACAAAGUAUGCUCCCAGCAAAGCUGCAGUAAGUCUUGUGACAGUUUUGACCGUACAAGUGUUUAACCCCCUUCAGCCAGCUAGUCGCGACACUACCCAAGCUUGAAAUGUGGGCUUGGCGAGUCUGGCUUAUGUGAUGUAAAUUGGAAAACACAAAUACUAGUUCUGCCAUUGCACCUACCUCUCUUGUCUCUGCAAUUUUUGCUUUAGAGCAUGUAAGUACACCUUCCUAUUUGGAAGGCCUGUCCUGCCUUCUUGCCCUCCCUUCUCUAGCUGCACCUGUUUCUGAUUAGCUCUGCAAUAUAGGGCAAUAGGACAUGGUGGCACCACUGUAGCCUCUGCACACGACAUAGACACGCAAUAGAAACAGCACUUCAGCCAGUGCAUGUGGUUGCUGUUUUUUUUUUCUUGGGGGGGGGGGGGGGGAGGUGAGGGGAGCCUCACAACUGUGGGCUGUGAAAUUCCCUGCCUGUAGAGAGAGCGAAUUGCGUCAGUAGGGGCAUAGUUAUCAGCAAACCUUUAGAUGCUUGCAUCUGGUAGAUAUGUGCAGGGUAAAGGUGGCAAGUGGGUAAAAUGCACUUGUGGAAUUUGUGGGUGCAGGAUUUGAUCAACGGUAACAUUUUGAUCAACGAGAAGGGAUCUUAACCGUGGCAUUAGACUGCGAGGUACGGCCUGGCGCAGGUCAUUGUUGUGUGGAAGUAGUUUCUUGUAUUGUCUUGCCCUAUACACACACAGCUGCUUUAAGAUGCGUAGCACUUGAGGACUGUGCAAUGUUUUUGUAUAAUGGAUUAGCAUCUUGAAUGUUGGCCUCAGCGUGCAAACGUUACUUCUGCUUACGAUUUUGCGUUUUGCAAAGGAUGAAAAGCACCGGUGACCACGAGGUGUGUCAAUGCGGUAUUUAGGCGUAUUGUUUCUGCCUGUUUUCUUGAAGUAUUUGUUCUAAGAUGCCUGUGCUGAAGAUCUGAGCGUGGUCUUGGGCACAGUGCGAUGACGCAAAGAUCAAAGAAAUACUUGAGGCUAUAUUUUAGCUUUAGUAAGAUCGUUCUUUUGUUUCAGGUGGUUGUGUCUCAGACAUAUGUUGUCUAUUUCUAUGACCAUAUUUGUAACUCCUGAUUACAGUUUGUUUCUUUGUCAUUGAACUCUCUUGAAAUGACAAAGCAAAGUCUUGUAAAUUAUGAUUUGCACAGUGUGCCUUGCUACAUACCUGCACACUGCCAAGAUCAGAUGUUUCAGUACUUCCCGUUUCACCAGAGCAGCACUGGUGGCUUGUUCUGUACGAUGUACUUUAGCUCUUUUUUCACAAUGUCAUGAUGCACACCCUUGUCCUUGCGCUGCUAGUUCAUCCCGAGCAGUACAGGGUGUAGUCAUGGCAGGGUACUUAAAACCCUUCUCGCAGAUUAGCUGUGUUGAGUACCUUUUGCUACCAGUCACCGCAAUUCACCUGUAUGCAUGCGUGGGUUGAAUGCUGCCUCGGUAUACUUUGCACCUGUUACUGUUGUCGUAGUUUUGCCAGAUUGAGACAUCUGGCAGAAGUUGUGCACACAUUUGCUUUCACAAAUUGUACAGGCUCCCACCUCAAAGCACAUGGCUCACAUCACGAACUCCCCAACCCUCUGCAAAAAAAACAUUUCUAGCCUCGCCUUUGCUUACCCACAUGCUGAAAGAGUGACUGCUACCUUUGCACGGACUUGGCACACUUUGGGCACUUAGGAAAGGCUAUACGCUAGUCCAUUUCUGACUUUUCAAGUUGACGUUUGCAUCUAGAUUUCUCUCGUGGGGAUUGCAGUUGUCGUAUCUGUCAGUUGUCUUCGUGGUAUUAAAAACUGGACCUUGUGGUGAAUUCAGAAUACCUGCGAACACGGAACUGCAGCAUUGAGUGUGGUGCUGGUUGCAUUGUGUUGCUCAUAUACCUGCACACUUAGUCAUAAGCUGUACUAAAGCAUUGAACACAAACGUCUAUCUGAAAGGGCAAGAGAAGAGGAGCAAUGGUUCGUGACCAAUGCUGUUAUUUGGUGCAGUGCCUGUAUGGCAUAUUUAAGAGUUUGCUUCUGAAAAUUCAUAAAAGGAACUGAAAAUGUUUCAGUGGUGUUUCUACCUUUCUACACUGUGAUUGCGACUGUGGAGACUUGUUUGAGCAAAGCUGAUCUUUCUUGCUGGCGUGUUUGCUCUCUACCAUGUUAUAUUACGAGAAUAAUCAUUAUAUAUUAUAUACUAUACAUGAAAGCAGCACUGUGAAUAAUGAAUUAAAGGCCUAUGCUUCACCUGAA